AUUCGCCCACGUCAACAACAGCACGAUCUUUGGCCCAUUGAGCAGCUGCAAAUAAACCAGCAGUAGCAGCAAAAGGAUCCGCAACUGCAACACCAGCAGGAGUAGCGCAGACAAACCGCAGCAACCUCAAGACCGAAAAAAAACAGUAGACAGAUACCAUGGCUAGUGGUGGAGAUCCAAAGUGGCAAAAGGAUGCUGCCGACCAGAACUUCGACUACAUGUUCAAGCUGCUCAUCAUUGGAAACUCCAGCGUGGGCAAGACCAGCUUCCUCUUCCGCUACGCCGACGAUAGCUUCACAUCCGCCUUCGUCUCCACGGUGGGCAUUGACUUCAAGGUGAAGACCGUGUUUCGGCAUGACAAGCGCGUGAAGCUCCAGAUCUGGGACACGGCUGGGCAGGAGCGGUACCGCACCAUCACCACAGCCUACUACCGCGGAGCCAUGGGCUUCAUCCUGAUGUAUGAUGUCACCAACGAGGACAGUUUCAACUCAGUGCAGGAUUGGGUCACACAAAUCAAGACUUACUCCUGGGACAAUGCCCAGGUGAUCCUGGUGGGCAACAAGUGCGACAUGGAGGAUCAGCGAGUGAUUAGCUUCGAGCGCGGUCGCCAACUGGCCGACCAACUGGGAGUUGAGUUCUUCGAGACAUCCGCCAAGGAGAACGUCAAUGUCAAGGCUGUGUUCGAGCGGCUGGUGGACAUCAUCUGCGACAAGAUGUCCGAGAGCCUGGACGCCGAUCCGACGUUAGUGGGCGGGGCCCAAAAGGGCCAAAGGCUGACGGACCAGCCCCAGGGCACGCCCAACGCCAACUGCAACUGUUAGAGCCCGAGCGGCCAUGUCCUGCGGAGCAAGUGCACCACAGAAACAACUGCAACUGCAACAACCAUAGACACAGAAUUUGAAAACUAAAAACUAGCUAAUUAGUCAGCAUUGGAUCGGGGGACUUGCAGCUAAUUCGCCAGUUAGCCGUCGGAAAACGAAAACGAUGAUAUAUGAGUGCUUCCUCCCCUUCAAGUAGGCGGGGGGCACUACGAUGUUUGUAACGAUAUGUGUAUGUAUAUCCUUUCGUUCGGUCGCCUCAGUGUAAAUGUCAAAAUGUUAUUUAAUCCGCUGUUUUUCAAUUGUAAUUGGUAAUUGGUACUUUGUAACUCGUAAUUUGUAAUUUGUAAUUUGUAAUUUGUAACUUGUAAUUGGUAACCUGGUAAUUAAUCGGCUGGUCUCGGCGCGCCAGCGACAGAUAUUUGAUGAAAUGUGUGAAUUGAAUUGCAAAAAGCUAACUAUGAAACAUGAACAAGAACAAAGAAUUUAACAAAAGUCCGAGGAGUCCGGCACUAAUUAAUCGUGCACCCAGAUAGUGCUGAUUAUUUGAUUUGAGGUUAUCCAGGUGGUCAGUCAGUAUUUUUUUAUCGAAUCGAAUCAAAUCGAGUCGAGUCGAAUCGAAUCGUUCUCCAAAUGUAAAUACGCUGGCUAAGAACUGUACAGUUUGCGAUGCUUGACGAAACGCACAAAAGCUAGCGAAUCGGUGAAACUAUAUAGCUACACGAUCCCCACUCACACCAUGUACAUGGCUUGCCGUACUUAACCCACACACAGCCACAAUAUACACACACAGAUACGUAGGUGAGUCCUUGUAGUCCUUGAACACGAGACAGUCUACACACAAAGACACACAUCUUGAAAUUCAAGUAAGCCAUUAUUAUUAAAUAUUAUGAUUAUAUUAUUAUUAUUAUGUACGUAUUUAUGUAGUGAAAUGGAAAAUUUUAAUGUGUUGCAAAUGGUAAAUGAAAUAUAUAUAUAUACAUCAAAUAUACAAGUACCGCAUAGACUACUAACCGACCCAUAUAGGCAUAUGUAGAGGUUAUUGCAGUUUUCCGUUCCGUUCGGUUCCCUUUCGAUCUCCGGUCUCCGCCUCACGCGUCCCCGGACUCGCUCCGAGGACAAGUGUGACAAUAAUCCGCAGGAGGUUUAUAGUUAUCAUACCUCAGUCCCUCCCCCCUCAACCAAAGUAACCGAAUUUUGCACACUUUACACUAUUUUUUGUUGUAAUCGAACUAAGAGACUAUUGCGAACUGAAUCCGGAUUGUGAGUUACUUGAACCCACCGAGCCAGCUGAGAGAUCGGUGCAUUUAAUUUGCCAGCUUAUUUUAUAUGCACAGCCCAGAGCCCAGACUCCCGACCCUCUGUCCCUCAGUCCCACUCUUUUCGAACCAAGGCCUUUCCUUUCCUUUCCUUUCUUUUGGACGCUUGAGAACUUGAAAACUUGAGAACAAACUGCUGCCGCGGCAAAAUCCAGGGAAGAUCAGGCGGGAACGAGGACUUGUAUAGCUGAACCAGGCUGAAACUGCUGAAUCCGAAUAUGCAACUGAAUAUUGUAUUUGCAAAUGCUCGUUAAUGUUAAAUAUGUGUACAAGCAGAGUUUCACUUGAAUUAAUGAUUAAAUUAAAGGCAUAUCGCUGUAUUAUAAAUACCCAAAAGGCAUUAUAAAGAUAACCUAUGGAGCACCCUCACCACAUCCACUGAAAAAAAUGCACAACGAGUUGCUUAGCGCCAGAAAAUAAUGCUAGAAGUGAGGGCGGGGAUGGAGAGACUUACCAUACCAGAGAUAUAUGGAAUGUGGAAGAGUUAACGAUAAUAGUGAAAAUUCUAUACGAAAAUGCCUUAACGAACUUGGGUCUUUUGGCAUUCGAACUGUUUUGUAAAAUAACAACAUAAUCAUACAACUUGCAUACAACCACCUCUUCAGGUAUUUAUCUUUGUAUUCGUAUGUGGAUUCGCUUUUAGCCAGCCUCCCUAAUCAAAUAAUCCAACCGGUCUAACUAAAGCCACUAACAACUAACAAUAAAAUCAAAUCAAAUAACUCAAAAAUAAGCGAGAAACAAUUAAUUGUUGAUGAUGUUCAGGCAUUGCAUAGGCAUAAUGCAAACAUUUUUGCGCUACAUUGUUGUCAUUUAAGCAAAUACUUAGCAUAACAUAUAUAUUGAUUAUUGCAUUGUGUAGUCAGCUAACGAAAAAAUAUUUGUAUAUCCUAUGAAAACAAUUCCAACUCCAAUUCCAACUCAACCAAACAAUGACAUUAUUUGUAUUCCAUUGAAUUGCAACAAGGAUAACCUAACCCCACUAGGACAUGUAUACAAGAGCCUCAAAGCAAAAGCAAAAUAUUUCAAUAUAUUAUUCAAUGAUGGUUUUUAACACUAACACAUCUCUGCAUACCCGUACUUAUGAGGAUACUAACAUAGAUAUACAGAUACACACAUAUAUACAUAAUAUACACAUAAUGGUAUUGAAAUUAUUGUAUUCCCAUAAUAAAAUAUAUGCAAAAGGUGUAUGGUAAAACUA